UGCUCCUGGUAGAAGCUUCUGGUAGAACAUCCUCAGAUUUACGUGCUCACUCAAUGUGCCUUGAUUUCACUGUCAAAUGGCAAUCCAGACCUGGACAGCCCUGGUGUGAAGUCCAGGGCUCAGUGGAUCAAAGGCCUUUCCUUCAGUAUGACAGUGACAGCAACAAGGUCCAAUCUCUGGGUUACCUGGGAGAGAAGGUAAAUGCCACCAAAGCAUGGACAGAAUUGACCCACAUGCUGAAGGAAGUGGGACAAGAACUCAGGAUGAUCCUGCCUGACAUCAAACUGGAGAAAACCAGGAACAGGGGUCCUCCCACCCUGCAGACCAAAUUGUCCUGUCAGCAUGAGUCAGGAGCAUGCAUUGGUGCGUCCUGGCAGUUUGGCUUCAAUGGACAGACUGCACUUCUCCUUGACACGAUGAACAUGAACUGGACAGUCACUGAUGCUAGAGCCAGAGGAAUCCAGGAGGACUGGGAAAACAACAGGAACCUGGCAGAGAAUUUCAAAAAGAUCUCACGGGGAGAUUGCUGUUACUUGCUUAAAGAUCUCUUAGAACACUGGGGGGGAAAUGCUGGAGCCCACAGCACCAUUAUUAAAGGCCCCAGAUACCCAACAGUCUUCACUCAUCAAGUCAAUUGUAUGGAUCUUCUCAACACUCAUCAUCUGCUCAGGCUUAAUUUUCAUUGUCAAGAGAUAUGGAGGAAAUAA